GGCAGUUUGAAACCGUCGGUGCCGGCGGCCGGCGCGGCCGGAGCCGCAGACUUUGUGCAGAAUGUCAUCGGAUGAGGAGAGAAGCCCAAGUCCAGAUUUGCCAAAAGACUUUCUUCAGGACAGUUCUGUUUCUUCAGAUCCUCAGGAUGAAUAUGAAGAGCUGUUUCGUUAUACUGCAGUGACUCCGAAGUUGGAGGAGUGUGUCUCAAAGUUGCCAGAACCUGCCCCAGAAAAGAGAGCACCUGACAGAAUUUCAGGGGUAACAGAGGAUCCCAGUCACCAUAAGAUUCCAGUCUCAACAUCAGUGAAGCAGGCUGUUAUGGAUCAACCUGUGUUUUCAGAAGCAACUUCUUCUCAGGGGCCCACACAUGGUCCAAGAGAAGUCAUCCAAACCACAGUGAUCGAAUUAACUGCACCAGACGAAAAAGUCGCUCAAAUAGAAAAUAUACUUGAUCUCUGGAGUGGAAGUCUUAAGACAAAUAUUCUGACUGAACUGAAAAAUUGGAAACUUAAUUUGGUGCAACAUCACAAUCUUCAAAUGAAACAAGAGAAAGAGAAACAUGCCGCACAAGUGAAACAGCUGCAGAAUGAGAUGGAAAACCUGAAGGAGUUACUUCAUACUUAUGAAAUCUCUAUUAGCAGGAAAGAUGAGGUAAUUACUAACUUGACCCAAGCAUUAGAAAAGCAAAAGGAGAGAGUAGAGCUGCUGAGAAAGUUUACACUGUGGCGGAUUCAGCAUGUUAAAGCCAAACAAAAGGAAUAUGCAAUUAGAAUGGCAGAUAAACAUUUCCAGACAGCUUUGAUGAAGAAAGUAUGGGCAGCAUGGCGUUCUGUUAGUGAAGAAAAAUGGAAAGAAAAAGUAACAAGAGCCUGUCAGUUAAGGGCAGAAGAUAUCUGUGUUCAGCUCACCAAUGAUUUUGAAGCCAAAAUUGCAGAGUUAACUGCUAGUUUGGAAGAGACAAAAGCUGAGGUUCUGCGACUGCAUAGUGAACGAGAUCAGUAUGAAGACACCAUGAAGAAAGCCUUUAUGCGUGGUGUAUGUGCUUUGAAUCUGGAAGCAAUGACCAUGUUUCAAAGCAAGGACUGUAGGCCAGAUCCCGAUAUAGGAAGCAGGAGAAAUGAUACUGCUACCACAGGUGCAGGAAGGCCACCUCCUUCACAAUAUAAUCAAACCUCCUCACCACAACCUCCAUCAGCAGCUGUUCUUCAGAUGGAAAACAUGUUUUCUAACCACCUGGCUCAUGCAAGCACUCCUGAGACCAGGCUAGAUUCUGAUUCUCCAGUAAUCGUCACUAGCACGACAUCUGGAUCUGGCAUGACAUCAACUCAAAAACUGCCCGUGACAAAAGUAAUAACAUCUGCACAACAGAAAGCAGGAAGAACAAUCACUGCUCGAAUCACAGGCCGAGCUGAUAUGGGACAAAAAUCCAGAGCUUCUGGAAGUUUAGCAGUGAUGGGAGUUACUCCACCCAUGAGUUCAGUUGUUGUCGAGAAACAUCAUCCAGUCACUCAGCAAACCAUAUCACAAGCCACUGCUGCAAAAUAUCCUCGAACUGUGCUUCAUUCUUCUGGCUCUACCACUGUGAGGCCUGCAGGACAAGCUGGGCGAGUACUUCAGGGCCAAAGCCAUACCAGUGUUCAGUCAAUAAAAGUUGUUGACUGAGUGACUAUCUUUCUCACUGGCAGGGGUUUUUAGUCAAGGCAGAACAUCACAUCAGGGUUGUAUCCACCUGAAUGGAUCUGGAAUGUCACCAUGAUUCUCAGAUGACCUGGAGUGCUAAAGAGCAAACUGUCCAUCACUGCACCUGGUGAAGCUGCAUCUUUCCUGGCAAUGAGCCUGGCUGCAGGUGCACAGUAGAAGCAGCCUCAGGCCAUUUCCCCCUCUGCAAGUCUAGAUCUUUCUUUCCAUGAAAGGUCUCUGGAAGGAGUGUUUAUCCUUCUAACGACAGAGCUUGGGGGUUUUACAGCUCUUUAUCAAAACCAUUUCAGAUCUCUUCAAGCUGCAGAUAUAGCAAUAUUAAAGGAAGGCUUCGUUUGUAGUUAGCUUUAUUUAGCAAACAAAACUGGCAACAUGUGCUUUAUGCACAUCUGUAAGGAAGAUUAUAAAACAAAAAACAUUUAAUUUUUACACGUGUGA